UCCGCCAUGGGGCCCCACAGUGAGACAUUGUUUCUUCCUCCUUCAAAGAAAAACCCACCGCAUGGCCACCCUCCUCCAAAUCCACGCUUUCAUGCUCCGCCACGCCCUCGAUACCAACCUCAGCCUUGUCACCAUGUUCAUCACCAGCCUCUCCUCAGCUGAUCCGCGCAGCGGCACUCGUCACGCGCGCCAACUGUUCGAUCAAUUGCCGCAACAACCCGAUGUCCCCCUAUGCAACGCGAUGAUCAAGUCCCACCUCUCUUCUCGUCACUUCUCUGAAGCCAUUCAUCUCUAUAAUUGUCUUAGGAGGGAGGAAGGCUUCCUACCCGACAAUUACACUUUUACCAUUCUCACCAAGUGCUGCUUCUUGAAUGCAUCGAUUGUGGAAGGGAUGGAAGUGCACGCUCACGUGUUGAGAUAUGGUUUUAACUCGAAUUUAUACGUGGCGAAUGCGUUGGUUGACAUGUAUGGGAAGAUGGGGCAAAUGGGCUUCGCUAGGAAAGUCUUUGAUGAAAUGACUGAGAGGAGUUCUGCGUCGUGGAACGCUCUCAUGUAUGGGUAUAUCAGGGGUGGAGAUAUGGGCGCUGUGGAAGGAGUUCUCGAUGCUAUGGCUUCCAUGCCCGAGAAGGAUUUGUUGCCGUGGAAGAUGAUGAUUGAUGUGUAUGUGAAGUCGGGGAAGAUGGCAUCGGCUGAGAUGUUAUUUUAUGCUGUCCCUGAGAAAGAUGUGGAGCUGUGGAAUACUUUGAUUGGCGGGUAUGUGAAGUUAGGGGAUAUGAGAUCGGCAAAGUUGUUGUUUGAUGCCAUGAUGGAGAAAAAUGUGGUGUCUUGGACCACCAUGAUGAAUGGGCAUGUGAAGCUAGGGCAAAUGAGAUCGGCUAAGAUGAUUUUUGAUGCAAUGCCAGAAAGAGAUUUAGGAUCCUGGAAUACUUUGAUUGGAGGGUAUGUGAAGUUAGGUGAUAUUGCAGCAGCCAAGAUGUUGUUUGAUGCCAUGCCAGAGAAAAAUGAAGUGUCUUGGAGUAUGAUGAUCAAUGCUUAUGCUAACAUGGGAGACAUGAGAUCAGCUAACAUGCUGUUUGAUAUUAUGCCCGACAAAAAUGUGGUUGCUUGGAGCACUAUGAUCAAUGGCCAUGCAAAGUUAGGGCAGCUGACAACAGCUAAGAUGUUGUUUGAUGCCAUGCCCGUGAAAAAUGUGAUAUCUUGGAAUACUAUGAUAAAUGGAUAUGUGAAGUUGAGGGACAUGCGAUCAGCCAAGAUGCUGUUUGAUGUCAUGCCAGAGAAAAGUAUCGUGUCUUGGACCACUAUGAUUGACGGGUAUGUGAAGUUGAGGAACAUGAGAUUGGCAAAAAUGUUGUUUGAUGCAAUGCCGGAGAAGAAUGUGAUUGCUUGGUCCACUAUGGUCAAUGGAUAUGUAAAUAUGGAGGAUAUGAGAUCGGCAAAGAUGUUGUUUGAUGCCAUGCCAGAUAAAAACGUGGUUUCCUGGAAUACUUUGAUUGGUGGGUUUGUGAAGUUAGGUGAUUUAAAAUUGGCUAAGAUGUUGCUUGAUGACAUGCCCGAGAAAAAUGUGGUGUCAUGGACCACUAUGAUCAAUGGUUAUGUGAAGUCAAGGGAGAUGAGAUUGGCGGAAAUGUUGUUUGAUGCUAUGCCAAAGAAAGAUGUGGUGUCUUAUAAUACUCUGAUUAAAGGGUAUGUGAUUUCAGGGGAUAUUAGAUCAGCCAAGACGUUGUUUGAUACCAUGCCGGAGAAAAAUGUGGUGUCUUGGAAUACUUUGAUUGGUGGGUGUGUGAAGAUAGAGGAUAUGAAAUUAGCCAUGAAGUUGUUCGAUGCUAUGCCAGAGAAAGAUGCGGUGUCUUGGAAUACAAUGAUCAAGGGGUUUUUGAAGUUGGGGGAGAUGACAUCAGCCAAGAUGUUGUUCGAUUCCAUGCCAGAGAAAGAUGCAGUAUCUUGGAAUAUGUUGAUUGAUGGGUAUGUGAAGUUGGGGGAUAUGAGAUUAGCCAAGGUGAUGUUUGAUGCCAUGCCAGAGAAAGAUGUAGUCUCAUGGACCACUAUGGUUCACGGAUAUAGUAGCAUUGGUGAUGUAGAUCAUGCUAGGCAGCUAUUUGAUAUGAUGCCUGGCAGGAAUAUGUUUUCUUGGAGCACAAUGAUUGGUGGAUAUUGUAAGAAGAAGAAACCCCAUCAAGCAUUGUUGUUGUUCCAGCAGUUCCUUGCAUGCAACGUGUUUGAGCCCGAUAGAAUUAUGAUUCUUGCUGUUCUUCCAGCCAUUGCAGAUUUGGGUGCUCUGGAUUUGGGGAAUCGGGUGUAUGAAUUCAUGAAGAAAAAGAAGUUGGACGUGUAUGCAGAAGUUUCGACAGCAGUGGUGCACAUGUAUGCUAACUGUGGGGAAAUCGAGAAAGCAAGAAAAGUUUUUCACGAGGUUCGAGCAAGAGAUGCAUCUAUGUGGACUGCUUUCAUCAACGGCUUGGCACUCAAUGGGUGUGGCAAAGAGGCACUACAAGCGUUUGCAGAUAUGAAGAGAAACGGGUUCAACCCAAACGAGGAUACCUUUGAUGGUAUCUUGUCAGCUUGCAGCUAUGGUGGUUCAGUAGAGGAAGGAAUCAGACGGUUCAUUAAAAUGGGAGAGUUGGGACUCAACCCUAAGCUAAAGCAUUACAGCUGUUUAGUUGAUCUCUUGGCUAGGGUUGGAUGCACGGAGGAAGCUGAGACAUUGAUUGAGAGCAUGCCUUACGAGGCUGAUGAGAUCAUGCUGGCUUCGUUACUGCUUGCAUGUGUUAAUGCGAAGGACGCUGCCAGAGCUGAGAAGGUGGUCAGAAAAGCGAUGGAUGUGAGACGAGCUAGAGAAGCUAAGAAUGAGAUGUGGUACAGCGCAAUCGAGAUGAACAACCAGAUUUUGUUGGUUGUUGAUGGAGAUAAGUGCCUUCCAUUUUGGGAAGUCACACAUUUGCUGUUGGAUCAAUUGCAUAUGCACAUCAAGAUUGUAGGCACAGUAAGUUUAUAGUAGUUGGAAGUAGAGUAAGCUUUUGAGUUGAAGAAACUGGUAAUAAAACAGUCAUGAGAUUGCACUUCACUUUAGAGGUCGUGAAAUUGAUAAUAAAACGGUCAUGAAAUUGAUCUUUACUGUUUUUUACAGAGCUGUUUUGUGCUAUUAUAUUUUCCAA